UGAGUUUACUCCACAUGAUAAAGCUUUACAUUGAUUCAUAUGUAUCUGCUGUAAAAGUAGUAUUAACUUGCCUUUGUUUUGUCUGUUUUGUCACCUCAGCUCAAGUUACCGAUCUGUCCUCAUCUGUUCAUCAAGAGAGGAGUUUUGUAUCCGUGAAUGAGGGAGACAGCCUGACUUUGCAGUGCGUCUCUAAAGGUAAUAUGGUGACAAGGUUUUUCUGGUAUAAGCAACCUCUGGGACACAAACCAAGACUUAUGUCGACCUUCAUCACAUCCACUAGAAGCUUUGCUUUUUAUGAUGAAUGGAAGAACAAUUCACGCUUCACACUGGACACUGAAAAUGGAGGAAAUAACUUGGUUAUCUCAGAUUCACGCGUUUCAGACACAGCUACUUACUUCUGUGCAUGUAGCUUUUCAAUCACAUUUGAAUUCUUGGAGGGUUUUUUAGUGAGUGUUAAGAGCUCAGAUUUGACCGUCCCUACCUUCAUCCAUCAGUCAGAGUCUGAGACCAUCCAGCCAGGAGGCUCUGUGACUCUGAGCUGUACCGUCCACACUGGGAGCUGUGAUGGAGAACACAGUGUUUACUGGUUCAAAGACUCUGAGGAGUCUCAACCAGGACUCAUUUACACCAGUGGAGGACAAAAUGAUCAGUGUGAGAGAGAACACAACCAUCAAACCUGCGUCUACAAUCUGCCGGUCAAGAGUGUGAAUCGCUCUCAUGCUGGGACCUACUACUGCGCUGUGGUCUCAUGUGGACACGUUACGUUUGGAAACAGGACCGAGCUGGAAUUAGACCGUGAGGAGGACUCUCUUGUCUCAGUGUACUUCUUGAGUGGCGCUUUGACAUUCACCAUCAUCCUCAUUAUUUUCCUCGCUUUCAUACUGAUGGUCAAUAUGAAGCUAACCAGCUGCCAGUGCAGAGACACGUUGGCCUCUUCGUCACUGAAUGCACAGGCUAACAACAACGAGGACGAUCUCCAUUACGCUGCUGUACGGGUCAGCAAGGCCAGAAGGUCAAGAAGACAUGGAGAUGACACAGAGGCGGAGUGUGUUUACACGAGUGUGAAGCAAUAAAUCUGAAGUUUAACUCUGUGUCUCUGCAGCUGGACAAUUGUCUUUUGAAGUAGUGUUGUCGAUUUUCCCGAUGGUUAAUCAACUCAUUACUUAAAUAAUACGAAGACAGGAUCAACAUGCAGCCUUUGCAGGUUUAUUGAAGAUACAACAGACUGCUCACAUCUCUGAUCAUCCUGGACAGACAGACAGACCCAAACCCAAGAAGCGCCCCAAAUAAAUCCUUUCCUCUGCUUUUAUGGCCUCCCAGCGACGUCACUGUUCUACGUUUAUCCUGAUAGUUACUAUGGCAACCACCUCCUUCAUGGUUGUCUUGCUUAAUACUUGGCUCCCUUCUCGCAUCCUAUCCACAUAUUGUGCAACUGGGACACGUACGCAGUGUCAACUUUCCCAUCAUAUCAUGUUGACCUGAGUACUUACAUGUGAGAAAGUGAACUAGUGAACCCCUUUUAAGGACAAAUACCUGAAACAUCUGGGAGUUUUUUUGGAAACCAUGUAACACCACGUAUAGUGUCAACUUCCCUCUCAGGUCACUUUGACCUGAGUACUUGUUUGUGAGAACGUGAACCAAUGAACCCCUUUAAGGACAAAUAGAGGGAACAUCUGGUUAUUGGGAAACCACGUUCUCCCGCACAUUUCUGGGAUUUUAGAUCAUAAUUCACCACGACAGUAGUAUUUGUAAUUAAGUCUUAUUUUAGGAACUGGAUAUUUUUUAACUGUUUCCAUCAAAUGUUGAAUGUAAGUAUUAACACUGUAAAACAGGUCUGAAUAAAACAAUAUAUUAAGUC